UCCCAGAAAAAUGCUAAGAUCUGUGAAAUUUGCCUCGGGAUGGGUGCAGCAAGCUCGAAGGAUGUGCUACAAAAGUGACAUCAGCUUGGACAAGCUAUAUCCGAAGAGUAAAACAAAAAUAAUUACUCCAUCUCCUCCGUCGGCGAAAGGAGACGCUAAAUUUAAUGGGUACAUCCCUAUGGAUCAGGUGGAGAUCACCUACAGUCGCAGCAGUGGUCCCGGAGGCCAGAAUGUCAAUAUGGUGAACACAAAAGUAGAUUUAAGGUUCAAAUUGGAGUCAGCCAGCUGGAUUCCGGACGCUGUAAAGGCCAAGAUGCAGGAGAAUUUCAAGAGUCGAAUCAACAGGGAGGGAUAUUUUGUUGUGAGGAGUGACCUUACGAGAUUUCAGCAUCUCAAUGUUGCCGAUGCUUUGGAGAAACUCAGGAAUUUGAUAAGGAAUCUGGAGAAGGGAGAGAAUAUUGAGCCCUCAGCAGACGCUCUGAUCCGUCAGAGGAGACUGAAAGACAAAGCCAAUGCCCAGAGAUUGAUGGUAAAGCGAGAGAGAUCCGUCACAAAGGCCCAACGGCAGGCUCCAGUAGACUUCUAACCCGGGAAAAAUGUCCGGAAAAUGUAGAUAAAGCCAUUUGUUUUACUUACAAAAAUACAUAAUUCAUUUUUGAUUGA